AUGAUAAUAUUAUUUUAUGUGUGCAUUUCUCUAUCUAUAGGAGGAUCUACACUAAUGUUAACUCAUUUAUUCUUUUUCGAUAACCUUAAAGUAUUUGCCUAAAGAAUCGUCGCGUGUCUCUCAAUAGCAGAUUUUUUUUAUGCUUUCGGAUUGCUCCUCUAUGUGGAGCCAACAUUUGAUGGCUAUAAUGUCACUAGAUGCACUAUCCAAGGAGCCUUGACUCAAUUUGCCACCAUUUGUGCCUUUGUCUGGAGUACAUCGAUUGCCUACUUCCUCUACGUAUCAAUCACAAGAGGAUAAAAGGAUUUGAUUUUUUUUGAAAGAUAUGAAAAAUUCAUAAUCGCAGCAGGUUUCGCCCUUCCUUUUUUAAUUGCAACAAUUCCGUUGUUUUUCUAAUCCUACUCGCCCACACCUUCAAAAGUGCCUGCUACUUGUUCCAUUAGUUCUAAUGAUGAAAAUAAGACUAUCGAAAAGAAUAGAAGCUUAAGUCUAUACCUGAAUCUUACUUUAUUCUACCUGCCACUCCUAUCCUCAGUAUUAAUAUCUGUCUAUUUCUUAUUGAGAACGUACUUUAAGACUAAAAGAAUCAAGAGUUAAUACGAAUUAUUAAAUAAACAAAUCAACAUCCAAUUGAUGUUCGCUCGCAAUUUAAUACUCUACCCAUUGGUAUUAUUUAUUUGCUGGCUGCCAUCUCAAAUUGUGUUUCUGAUCUUUGUGUUUAAGAAUAGCUGGAUUGAGUAAAUACAGCAAGAUUACUUUAUACGCCAAACUGGACCCUAUUACUACAUAAGACUCCUAUAAUACGGAGCUAGUUUCUUAUAAGGAUUUUUCAACAGUCUUGUGUACUGGUUCAAUACAUAACAGAUGAGAAAGAAGUUGAAUUCAUUAGAAAGAAUCCACAUAGAUUACUAAAAAACAAAAACCUUUUUCUCUAACAACAACGACUUAAGUGAAAACAGAAGCAGUUAAUUGUCUAAUAGUUUCGAAAAUCUUUAAGAUAUUUGA